AUGGCUUCCCUUCUUUCAACUUCAUCAGCUCCUGUGGUCACCCUUCCUCACAGUGCUGCUCCCAGAGCCAAAUGCACCAUAAGGCAAAUUGGUUUCUCUGCAGUUUGUGCGGUCGGGGGACUAAUAUUUGUGCCUAAGAUCCAAAUCUCAAAGGCAGCAACAAGAUCAUAUCAACCAUCUCGUUGCUCCAAGACAACAAUUUCAUGCUCCAUUGUAGUAACACUUUCUAUAGCAACAUACAUAUAUAUAUAUGAUGAGACUGAGCAUUGUAUUAUUACUUACUAUUUUGUGCAGGCUCAACCAGAAACUCUGCAGAUUGUCCAGAGCACAAUUGCAAAGCAACUGUCCAUCGAUGAAAGCACAGUGAACCCCCAAACCAAAUUUGCUGAUUUGGGGGCUGACUCUCUCGAUACUGUAUGUUCCUUUUAA